AUUGGAUCGAAUCCGAUGACUCGGCUUGCGGUUGCAUUGUUUUGCGCUGGCUCUUCGCUCGGGGGGUCUAGCAGCUAGCUUGAUCUGAAGCUCGCGAAGCCGCAAAUCCUUUUGGUAUGGUUGAGGAAAAGGGGCCUGUGUGCCUCUGACUCAAGCGGCUGUUGAAUCGGUCCGCUGGGUAGAUUAAUUUGUUGUUGAGAUUCCUGCACGCCGAAGAGCCCUGUGUAUAUAUGUCAACGAACGCGUGCUCACUUGAUAGAUGUUCCACACAGAAAUCAACAGUCUUAAUCAAAGCAUCAGCGCCAUGAGCAAAGAAACCCUGGUUCUGGGCCGAGACGCCCCCGAUCCCUCCAGCCAGAAGCCGUCCAAGGAAGACAAUGGCACCUCGCAAGGGCUGCCGGAGUUCACUCUGGGCAAACGCGGAAUCCUUGCCUUUUUUACCUUGUCGGUUUUGACCCUGAUGGUUGCUCUCGAUGGAACCUCCAUCUCCGUUGCGUUGCCUAUCAUAACGCAGGAUCUGGAUGGAACGGCUAUAGAAGCGUUUUGGAGCGGAACGUCAUUUCUCCUCUGCUCAACAGUUUUCCAACCCAACUUCGCGUCGUUCUCGAAUAUCUUUGGUAGGCGGCCUAUGGUACUGAUUGCCCUGACUUUGUUCUUUGUCGGAACCGUUGUGGCCUCGGUUGCCAAAAACUUCACCUACAUGCUGGUGGGCCGCUCGAUUCAGGGCGUCGGGGGUGGAGGGUUGAUCGCGCUGAGUGAGGUUAUCGUGACCGACCUGGUUCCCUUGCGUCUUCGAGGAAAGUAUUUUGGUUUUUUGUCUGGGAUGUGGAGUGUUGGGUCAGUGACAGGGCCGAUACUGGGUGGUGGAUUCUCCCAGAGUGUCAACUGGCGUUGGAUCUUCUACAUCAACUAUCCGUUCAUCGGUGUCGGGGCUGUCUGUAUCCUGCUAUUUCUCAAGCUCAACAUCCUUCCGACUUCGCUGGCCGAGAAACUGCGCCAAAUCGACUACGUCGGCACGAUCAUCUUCGUCGGCAGCCUGUCGUCGUUCUUGAUCCCGCUGACCUGGGGCGGGAUUCUCUAUUCCUGGGAUUCAUGGCGCACUCUUGUGCCCCUGAUCGUCGGCGUCUGCGGGCUGGUGGUCUUCGCCUAUUACGAGUACCGAUUCGCCAAAGACCCGAUUAUGCCGCCGGUCAUCUUCCAGAACCGCAGCGCCACCGUGUCCUUCAUCGGCAGUAUCUUCCAGGGGCUCGUGCUCUGGUGCGUCCUCUACUACCUGCCAUUGUACUACGAGGCUGUCAAGGGAUAUACGCCGAUCGUCGCCGGGGUCGCCUUGUUCCCAGAUACCUUCACCGUGGCCCCGAGCGCCAUGAUGGUCGGUAUCCUCGUCACCAAAUACGGACAUUACCGGUGGGCCAUCUGGCUCGGAUGGUUCCUAUCGACGCUGGGCCUGGGGGUGCUUUGCUACCUGAAGGUGGACACGAGCAUCCCGGCGUGGAUCUUCAUCAACAUGGUCUCGGGCAUCGGCCUGGGGCUGCUUUUCCCGGCCCUCGGCUUCGCCAUCCAGGCCUCCGCCACCAACGAGACCCUGGCCAUGUCGGUCGCGAUGUUCAGCUUCUUCCGCGCCAUGGGCCAGGCCCUGGGCGUCGCGAUCGGGGGCGUGGUGUUCCAGAACGAAAUGUACCGCAAUCUCCUCCAGUACCCUGCGUUUGCGGCCGUGGCGCGCGAAUACAGCCAGGACGCUGCGGGUCUCGUGCAGGUCCUCAAGCAAAUGCCGGACGGGGCCGACAAACUCGCCCUCCGGACGGCGUACACGGACAGCUUGCGGAUUGUGUGGGCCGUGUGCUGCGCGGUUUGCGGCGUCGCCUUUGUCCUGAGCCUAUUCACGCAGAGCUAUGACCUCAAUCGCGCGCUGAAUAGUACCCAGGGGUUACGGCAGGAGAAGAAACCCCAGGCGGACGUCGAGUCGGAAUGAGCUGGUGUCAGGGCGAAUACUACUUCUUAGAUUUAACGAACUUUAUGUAACUAUCAUAGACCUCUCUCCCUGUCAUACUUUCAUUAUAAACAUCGUGAGUUGUUUUUGGCAUCCCUGCAUUCUCAUACUGAAGCUACCAUUCCUAACGGGUAGUAUUUUACGGUGUCCGGGAAGACCCUGAGAAUUGGUGGAAUCCAUCAAUCUGAAGGUAUUCCUUCUGAUUCUCCUCCGUAUAUCUGAUGCAUCCGGUAUUCGAGAUCACUCCAUGAAAGACCCUAAUACAUUCCUCUAUCGUUGGUCCUCUCCUUCCGUAUAAUAUAUAUAUAUCUAUAUUUGACAUACAA